GCCGGUCUAUGCUGUUGAGAUCUCAAACAGCAGUCAUGGACCAGAGGCCCGGAGAAGCGGACGAGGCCUAUCAGGCCCGCAUGCUGGCCUGGAGUGUGGAGACUAAGAAACGGGCAGAUGACGCUGCAGCAGCAGCAAAGAAGAAGGCGGAAGAUGCCGAACAGGCACGUCUGCUGGCACUUGAACAACAGCGCCAGCAUGACGAGGCAGCAGCAAGGGCUGUCGAUGAAGAAAGAAUACAGCGUCGCGAAAAGAUAUUCACUGGAGAGCGGGCGUUACUUACCAUGGCAGCGGCAUGGCGGACCGAGGCCGAGGAUGGCAAGUUGGAGGACAGCGCCAACAAGAUAGCGCUCCUCCUCUCGCAUCUCACGGAUCUCCUGGCCACCUGCAUUACACAGCAGGSGGAGAUCCUUGGCCUCGACACCUCGCUAGCUCAUCUUCAAGACCGCCUUCAGCGGUUGGAGCAGCGACCAGUCGCCGCCGCCGACGCAAGCUCUUCCAACACUGCCGACCGUCUCAACACACUGGAGUUGGACGUCAGCUCCCUCAAGGAUGACGCGCAAAUACAGCAGACCGCGACGCAACAAUUGCAACAGCGGAUCGGCACCACCGCCACCACCUCGAGUCCGGAGCCGCGCGAGACUACUCCGAAGUUCGAUGGUCAGGAGAUCUUCUGCGACUCAACGAAGACAGAUCCUAUUCCAUGGUUUCGCAAGUUCGAGCUCACGCUGCAGYUGUCCAACGUCAAGGAACACAAGCAUCAUGCCUAUUUGUACUCUCGCUCAGGGGACGCGUGCCAGGCUUGGUUGGACAACCUCCUGUCCAAGUAUGGAGUGGUAGCAGCGGACUUGCACACCGUGAUCAGUUGGGAUGAUCUGAAGGCGGCGUGGCACAAGCGGUUCCAGGUGGAGCCGCCAGAGAUCAAAGCCAUGGACAAGCUYAUGGUCUUUGAGCAAGGCACGUUGCCGAGUACGGACUGGAUCGCCGAGUACCAACGCUUGACGUCAGUCCCARACAUCCAGAUGGGCUUCAAGGCCAUCCGCCAUUACUUCAUCUCAAGGUCAUGUCCGGCAUUGAGCAAUGCCCUGACGCAUGUCGAAGACACCUUGACGACGACGGCGGAGUUAUUCGACAAGGCUGCGCAGAUCAUCGUUACGAACAAGGAGGCCAAGAACCUYCGUUCAUCUGCGUCAGGCCCGAGCAGGGACCAGCAUCGGCCAAGAGUGGCCGUGGUCGCAGCGGCAGCGCCGUUAGACCAAUCCAGCGAGGCUGCGUCUGCCAGUGAAGGGGACAGAUUCGCAGCCGCCCGGGAAGUGGCAUGAACUAGAUUCGAGUUACAAUUUCAUUUUUUUCCAACCACCCACCCAAUCCAUCCGAGGCAUAGUUAUGACAUAUACAGCUACAUUCAAAUGUCCGAGUUAACUUCCACCACUGACCCAAUCUGCACACAGGAUAGCGACGACAUAGACACCCACUUUUGUUAGGGUUCUGCACAUCAAGGAGCAGAGCUCGUUGGUUCAAUGUCCAUGCUCAGGAAUCAUGAAUCUGGCCAGGGAAAACCAGUCACUUUCAUGCUACCGCAGUAAUAAGGUCAGCCCCCAGAAGAUCGUGACCCUUAUAACCAGAUAAAUGUGAACCAUUCUA